AUGGCGGACGAAAAGAAAGAAAGUUACCGAACUAAACGAGUUUUCGUCAACAAUAUUGAACAAUAUUCAUCUAAAUGUAUCGCAAAGGUAAAGUAGCAAAAAUAUCUUUGUAUCGGCGUUUGAUGUGGUGAAAUAUUACAUAAUGUAGCUGACAAUGUUUUUGUUUACACUUUUUGCGACUGUGUAUAGUUUCUGUCAACCUGCAUAGUUGGCGGCUCCUUGGAGGAGGCAGAAGAGGAUGGUCCCCCUGCGGAUGAGCUUACACUGCAAGAUGGGACUUUUCAAAUUGUUGGAACUAUCUCUAACAACGACGGGGAAAACCCCAGUUUUGCAUUAGAAUGUUAUACAGUGAGUAUACUUAAUAACCCACUAUAAACUGGGUGGUUCCAGCCCUGAAUGCUGAUUGUCACGGGGUAUGACAAAACAUUUAUUUUUAAACAUUUAUUUUUAAACUGCUCUUAUUACGUUGGUAACCAGUUUACAAUAGCAUAAGGCACCUCAGGGGUUUGUGGUAUAUGGCCUUCGGAAAGUAUUCAGACCCCUUGACGUUUCCACAUUUUGUUAGGUUGGAGCCUUAUUCUACCGCAUAAUGACAAACAAAAGCAGGUUUUUAUAAAUGUUUGCUAAUUUAUAAAAAUAAAUAAAUAAUGGAAAUAUCACAUUUACAUAAGUAUUCAGACCCUUUACUCAGUACUAUGUUGGAGCACCUUUGGCAGUGAUUACAGCCUCAAGUCUUCUUUGGUAUGACGCUACAAGCCUGUCACACCUGUAUUUGGGGAUUUUCUCCCAUUCUUCUCAUCAGAUCCUCUCAAGCUCUGUCAGGUUGGAUGGGGAGCGUUGCUGCCCAGCUAUUUUCAGUUCUCUUCAGAGAUGUUCGAUCGGGUUCAAGUCCGGGCUCUGGCUGGGCCACUCAAGGACAUUCAGAGACAUGCCCCGAAACCACUCUUGGCUUAGGGUUGUUAUCCUGUUGGAAGGUGAACCUUCACCCAAGUCUGAGGUCCUGAACGCUCUGGAGCAGGUUUUCAUCAAGGAUCUCUCUGUACUUUGCUUUGUUCAUCUUUCCCUCGAUCCUGACUAGUCUCCCAGUCCCUGCCGCUGAAAAACAUCCCCACAGCAUGAUGCUGCCACCACCAUGCUUCACCGUAGGGAUGGUGCCAGGUUUCCUCCAGAUGUAAAUGUGCAACCAGAGGAAAAAAAACUCUAGACCACCUUUACUCCACACACAGAGACGCAUACAAAGCUCUCCCUCGCCCUCCAUUUGGCAAAUAUGACCAUAAUUCUAUCCUCCUGAUUCCUGCUUACAAAAUCUAAAGCAGGAAGCACCAGUGACUCGGUCAAUAAAGAAGUGGUCAGAUGACGCAGAUGCUAAGCUACAGGACUGUUUUGCUAGCACAGACUGGAAUAUGUUCCAGGAUUCUUCCGAUGGCAUUAAGGAGUACACCACAUCAGUCACUGGCUUCAUCAAUAAGUGCAUCAAUGACGUCGUCCCCACAGUGACCGUACGUACAUACCCCAACCAGAAGCUAUGGAUUACAGGCAACAUCUGCACUGAGCUAAAGGGUAGAGCUGCCGCUUUCAAGGAGCGGGACUCUAACCUGGACACUUAUAAGAAAUCCCGCUAUACCCUCCGACGAACCAUCAAACAGGCAAAGCGUAAAUACAGAACUAAGAUUGAAUCGUACUACACUGGCUCCGACGCUCGUCGGAUGUGGCCGGGCUUGCAAACUAUUACAGACUACAAAGGGAAUCACAGCCACAAGCUGCCCAGUGACACGAGCCGACCAGACGAGCUAAAUUACUUCUAUGCUCGCUUUGAGGCAAGCAACACUGAAGCAUGCAUGAGAGCACCAGCUGUUCCGGACGACUGUGUGAUCACGCUCUCCGUAGCCGAUGUGAGUAAGACUUUUAAACAGGUCAACAUUCACAAGGCCGCAGGGCCAGACAGAUUACCAGGACAUGUGCUGUACUCCGAGCAUGCACUGACCAACUUGCAAGUGUCUUCACUGACAUUUUCAACCUGUCUCUGACUGAGUCUGUAAUACCAACAUGUUUCAAGCAGACCACCAUAGUCCCUGUGCUCAAGAACAUUAAGGUAACCUGCCUAAAUGACUACAGACCCCUAGCACUCACGUCUGUAGCCAUGAAGUGCUUUGAAAGGCUGGUCACCAACAAACUAUCACGGUCCAAACAUUUUCAUUUACGUCAUUUAGCAGACGCUCUUAUCCAGAGCGACUUACAGUUAGUGAGUGCAUACAUUUUUUUUUUUCAUACUGGCCCCCCGUGGGAAACGAACCCACAACCCUGGCGUUGCAAACGCCAUGCUCUACCAACUGAGCUACAUCCCUGCCGGCCAUUCCCUCCCCUACCCUGGACGACACUGGGCCAAUUGUGCGCCUCCCCAUGGGUCUCCCGGUCGCGGCCGGCUAUGACAGAGCCUGGAUUCGAACCAGGAUCUCUAGUGGCACAGCUUGCACUGCCUUAGACCACUGCGCCACUCGGGAGGCAUCAUCUAUCAUCUAUCAGCUACACACCAAGACAGUCGUGAAGAGGGCACGACAAAGCCUAUUCCCCCUCAGGAGACUGAAAAGAUUUGGCAUGGGUUCUACAGCUGCACGAUCGAGAACAUCCUGACUGGUUGCAUCACUGCUUGGAAUGGCAACUGCUCGGCCUCCGACCGCAUACGGCCCAGUACAUCACUGGGGCCAAGCUUCCUGCCAUCCAGGACCUUUAUACCAGGCGGUGUCAGAGGAAGGCCCUAGAAAUUGUCAAAGACUCCAGCCACCCAAGUCAUAGACUGUUCUCUCUGCUACUUCACGGCAAGCGGUACCGGAGCGCAAAGUCUAGGUCCAAAAUGCUUCUUAACAGCUUCUACUCCCAAGCCAUAAGACUCCUGAACAGCUAAUCAAAUGGCUACCUGGACUAUUUGCAUCCCCCCCCCCCCCCCCCCCCCCCCCCCCUCGCUGCUGUUAAUUUACUGCUGCUCUUUAAUUAUUUAUUCUAUUUUUUUUUUUUUUUUUAUCAUCUAUUUUUUACUUAACACUUAUUUUUCUUAAAACUGCAUUGUUGGUUAAGGGCUUGUAAGCAUUUCACUGUAAGGUCUACACCUGUUGUAUUCGGCGCAUGUGGCAAAUACAAUUUGAUUUGAUAUGAUAUAAUCAACAAGGCAUGCAAUUUUCAUCUACGACUGUCAUUGACAUCUUUCCAUUUCCAUUCCAGUCACAGAACCGAGAUCAGCUCCUGCCAAGGCUAUUGGAAUGUGAUGUGGUGGUUUACAAUAUCUCUGAAAAUGCAACAGCAGAGCUGAUAGAUGAGGCAACUUGGGCCAUUUCAGGUGGGCUAUGGACCAGUGUUGGAUGAAACCGUCAUGAUACAUUCACUCUCAGAUAGGGCUGUCAGAGUUAAUCAGUUAACUUUUUGCAAUUUUAGUGCACUCAUUCUUUUUUAUUGUGAUUAAGCGCAUUGUCUGAAGGCGUUGAAAAUACACUGGAAAAAUCCAAAAUACAUCAUCUAUACAGCUAAAAACAACAAUGCAAUGUCAAAACAAGUUGACAUUGAGGUUAAAAGUGAGCUUUAUCAAUUUGCCGGAUUUUACAAACCAUUACUUUGGACAAAAUAAAGAUGUCAAUAUUCUUGUAAUGUAUUUUGUAUUUUAAAAACAUCUUAAAUUACAGCUCAAUUUGAGCAAAUUCAGAAUGUGAUUAAUUGUGAUUAAUCACAGCAAUUCCUGCGAUUAACUAGAUGUUAUUUUUGACGUUUGACAGCCCUACUCAGACUGUCAUAUUGUCUCACUGGACCUUUUUGAGUUACUUUGCAUAUACUGCAUGACCUCUAGCCUACUGCACCUACAGUAAGAUGAUGCCUCCUCUUCCUUUAUGCUACAGCUCUUCACUCAGAUAUUGAGAGUUUUGCGUCUCAGAAGGUAUUCAUUUUGAUAUCGUCAGUCAUGACCUGGGCAAUGAGCAAGCCAGCCGAUCCUGUAAGUUUCUAUUCCAAUUCUUAUGUAGCCUAAUCACUAUGUAAUGAAUGUGUCAAUUCACUUUUCUGAAUAUUCCUCAUAUCUUUUCUGUCCUUAGAAUGACCCAGAGAUUCCUCUGACAGAGGACGACUACAGGAGGAAAAGACAUCAUCCUAACUUCAAGGAGCACGCCAACGCAGAGAAAACGGUGCUCAAGCUGGGCAAAACUGUAAGUGUACUGGGCAGGGCAAAUGUCAGCAACAACAAAACAAAAACAACGGCAAAAACAACAACUCUUUUUAUUGUCCAUCCAGAAAAAGUCCAAGCUGUCCAGUUAUGUUGUGGCAGCAGGUGUUCAGUAUGGAAUGGGGGAAAACCUCCUCCACUACUUCUUCAAGGUACAUCUGAACUAAUUAACUGAGACAUUAUUAUUCUAUGAAGGCUUCGAUGGAUGUUUUCUAUCUCACUCUUUCCUCUGGCUCCAAUCCUCAAGGCGUCUUGGUUGGGGGAGAUUGCAAGAGUUCCUGUUUUUGGGCCUGGCACAAAUGUUAUCCCUACCAUUCAUGUCAACGACCUUGCAGGGUUUGUAUUUUUCAAUGUGUCCAUUCCAUUGUCUUGAUGUUCUAUUAUUGCUUAUUUAAGGGUAUCUGCCAGAGUUUGGGUAAAAAUAAAUACUAAUUCUGUAAUAUUGUCUACUUCUGUCUACAAGGGUUAUUCAGAAUGUAAUCGACCACAAGCCAAAUAUACAUUAUUUCAUCGCUGUGGAUGAUUCCAAUAACACUUUUGAGGAUAUUGUGAAGGUAAAUAGGUUAAGCCAGACAGACAUCUUGUUGAUCAUUUCAAGUUUAUUGGUAAAAUUGUUGCAUUUCUUUCUUUUUAAAUAGAUUUGUAGAUCUACAAAAUAGUUGGUGUUGUUUUCUGUAUCCCCCCUGCUAGAUAAUAAGCUUUGUGCUCGGUCCAGGGAAGAUCAAGAAAGUCCCCAAGGAGGAGGCCUACCUCACCAAUGCUCUUACGGUCUGUCUGUUUUGAUCCCCCACCUCAGGUUAAGGAAAGCUAAUUCAGAAAUGACCGUUGUCAGUUGGAGCAUAUCUUCACUAGCCUGGUCCCAGAUCUGUCUGUGCAGUCUUGGUUGACCAAUGGGAAAUUGGCAGAACAGCAGUAGGUCCGGGUCUGGUCAAUGUUGGAGCAUCAAUUUCACCUUGUUUUCCAGAACGCUGAUGUGGAUCACCUGAGUGUCAACCUGCGGAUAGAGCCAAUCUUUCUGAAGGAAACCUUCAACCUUCACUGGGUGUCGGAGGCUGGCAUCAUUGAUAACAUCAACGGCGUGGUGGAGGAAUACAAACUGUUGAGACUACUACUGGUGAGGGACCAGACCUACUACUGUAUGUUUACCUCUUCUGUUCUUAGCUAGGGUCUGAAUGGAUUUUCCCAGCACCAAUUUAGAAUGUGAACGUGUGUAUUGUCUCUUAUUGGAAGGAAAGCUACGUUACACAGCAAUACAGAGAAUGUGUACCAUGUUUAGGUUUAUAGAUAGAUUAUAGAUUAUAGAUAGUGUCAUUAUAUUAUUUUCUAUGAUAUUAUAUACUCAUAUUCAAGCCAUAAAUGGUUAAAAUAUUUAACAUGCUCUUUUGUUUUCCCAUCAGCCCAUCAGAAUCUGUCUCUUGGGGCCUCCAGCGGUGGGGAAGAGCACUGUGGCAGAGACACUGUGUAAACAUUACAAACUGCACCACAUCAAGCUCCAAGAGGUCAUUGAUGAGAAGAUGCAACAUCUGGUCAGUAAAAGCAAAGGCAUUACGCUUGUAUAGGCACUUCAUAUUUAUUCUCUCUUGUAAAAUAGGAAAUACCUCCCCCUUGUGGUAGUUCAAAAGAAAUGCACCCCUGUUAUUUUCUGAUAUUACAGGUCUCUCUGUACUAUACACUUACACUCUACAGUAUCAAUAGGUGUGGGAACCAUUUUGUAAAACAAUAUCUUACAAUAUAUUAAUUAAGGUAUUCAUUUGAGUUGCUCAUUAUAUGUCAGGAGGAGGCUGUGAAUGGGGCUGAGCAGGAGGGAGAGAGUGAAGAGGCGGUCAGUAACGCUCAGGACCAACUGGACUCUCUGAAGGACAGCAUGGAGCAAAAUGAAGGUGUGUUAAUAUUCCACAGUUGUUCCUGAAAGCUUGUUUGUAGAUGUCAUUUAGACUCCGCCCCUCAUCUCUAUCAUUUGUUCGAUUUCCAAUUAUGAAGAUGUUUCUUUUGUUACAUUGUUUUCAAAAAUUUCUGAAACAGUGUUAGUGAUUUCAUAAAUGUCAUCAUUAUUCUUGCAGGUCGCCUGAGCGACAGGCUUGUUUACCAUAUCAUGCGUGAUAAGCUGAACUCCAACGCCUUGCAGGAACCAUGGCUUCGUCCUCGACGGCUUCCCCAAGUCCUACGAUCAGGCCAAGGAGAUCUUCUAUGGUUAACAUAAAUCAAAUUAACAUUAUUUACAAUUGAAACAUUGAAGAUAUUGCAAAAUAACCUUUUCAUUGGAACUAUUGUUUCCAAACUCCACACUGACCGUUGUCAUCCUGCUUGGUCUCUUAAACACUGAUGUUUUCCAGAUGAAGAUAUGGAACCGGAUUAUCCCAGGUCCAAAAUGCCUGCCUACAACAAGAAGAUCAUUCCUGGUAAGUAAUUGUUAAUAUAUAUGUUACACUGAAUUGCACAGUAUUGCAGGGCUAUUAUUGAUCCCCCGUCUGUCUGUUUUGCAGAGUUCAUUUUCUCCCUGGAGGCAUCUGAUGACUUCUUAAAGGAGCGGGUGCAGAACCUACCUGAGAGUGUGGCAGAGAAGAUGCGCUACUCUAAAGACGAGUACCUUAGCCGGCUGAAGAAAUAUAGAAAAGCCAACGUGGAAGAUGAAACGGUUCUGAACUACUUUGACGAGCUGGAGAUUCACCCAGAGCACAUUGGUAAGGCCGAAAAACUGGAGAUACUGAUUUACCAAAAGAGAAUAAUGCGAUGGAUAAGGUCAUUUUGAAACCCUAAUAUUCAACUUAAUUAUCAGAACCGGUGUAUAGUAAUUGUAGUAAAUAGUGAUUGAAUAGAACUUAACGCAUUGAGAGGAAGUCUGUCAGUCUUUCAUAGUCUGAUGUCUGUCUGUCAGAGGUGAACAAUGCCGUCGACCCUGAAUAUGGUGCUGUGAUGGAGAAGAUCACCAGGCUGGUGGGGCAUCCCAGGAACUACGGACCCACCCUGAGGAGAGAGAGGAGAUGGAGAGGAAGUCCGGAGAGGAGACAGCACAGCGCCUGGUACUGGAGACAGCAGACUGGAAGAGGAGGGAGGCUGAGACCGCUGCCAAGAUGGCCGCACAGCUAGAGGAGUGGGUAAGAGAAGGGCUGCAUCAGAAGUAGUAUGCCAUAAUGUGAAUAGGGUGCCAUUACAGGAAACAUCUCUCUCACAUUACUCAUUGAGAUUUGAUUCCAUUUUGGAAUCCUUAUAGGCUCAUCUCCAUAUUGCUUACCCCUAUCCAGUCCUCUCAGAUCUAUAAACUCUUAAAACCACUCUUUGUAUACCAUGGAAGAGUGGGCCACCAGCAACAACGUAAACCAUGGAGCUGUAGUUUUAGUUUAGCGGAGUUGUACGUACGUUGUGUGUGUGUGUGUGUGUGUGUGUGUGUGUCUCUAGAACCGUCACGUGACUGAGGUGAAGAGGCAGGAGCGUGAGCUGCUGGUGGCUCGCUCCGCCCCCUUGAGGAACUACCUGAUGAGUUACGUAAUGCCCUCUCUCACCGAGGGCAUGAUGGAGUGCUGCAAGGCCAAGCCAGACGACCCGGUAGACUUCCUGGUAAUGUUAUUAUUCCAUUUGUUUAGAUAUUUUUUUAUUUAAUAAACUUUAUUAAUCCCACAAAGAGAAAAUCAGACUUGUCACCAGCAAGGGACAUACAGAAACAAUAUACUGUACACUCAUACAUCAGAGACCAGUAGACAGAGCACUGAUGAGUGAAAUAACAUAGACCCAUGUCUUCCAUAGAAGCAAAUGGAUUCAAUAGGGUAGUAGCCUACUUCUACUCUUAAUAAUAUUAUAUAGGUUGGCACUUCAAGAAUAAAUGAAUGUGGAUUGUUGUCAGGUACCGAAGUAGCUAGGCCUACAGUAAAGAAGCGUUUUCAACCGAAUUGUCCUUUUUUGUUUCUUCUAAAUACUAUAUUUUGUGUUUAUCUAUUUCAGGCUGAAUAUCUCCUCCGGAACAAUUCACAAGAUUAG